UUGUGUGUUGCGUCUUAGCAAGUAAAGUGUUAAUUUUUAUUACUUGCCAAGAUGGCAAAGCCUAGAUUUUUUUUUUGUUCUAUAAAUGCAGUGGAGUGGGUUUUCUUGAUUUGAGUUGAUACAACACUAAUUAAUCCUUGUUUAGGGAUCAAAAUGGUAACAUUCUUGAAAACCCAAUUGAGCUCCCAUGUCAUAGAGGGUGAAGAAAGUGGGAAUGGUGAAGUUGAGAAAAACCCUUCUAAAACCCAUUCAUUUCCCUUUUGGUACUGUGCUGAAACAGGUAUAUACAGCAGUAAGUACCCUUCCAUAAAAUUGCCAGAAGACCCUUUGCUUGAUGUUGUUUCCUUCAUUUUUUCUCACAAAAAUGGUGGGGUUUCUGCUCUUGUGGACUCAGCUUCUGGCAUUUCAAUUUCCUAUUCAGAGCUUUACCCCUUGGUUAAGUCUAUGGCUAGUGGUCUUCAACAAAGGGGUGUUUCACAAGGUGAUGUUGUUUUGAUUCUACUCCCUAAUUCCAUUUAUUUCCCUGUUAUUUUGUUGGGUGUUUUGGCUCUUGGUGCAAUUGCAACUACUAUGAAUCCCUUUAGCAAUUUGUUAGAGAUAAAGAAGCAAGCCCUUGAUUGUUCUGUAACUUUGGCAUUCACUUCUAGUGAUAAAGUUGACCAAUUGUCUACAUUAGAUAUUCCAGUUAUAGGGGUGCCAGAAAUUUUGGUUUCUGGUUCGAAUUGUAGUGAAAGUUCUGUUUUUUAUGAGCUGAUUUCCUGUGAUCCUAAUUGGGAUUCAAGACCUAAAAUAAGUCAGCAAGAUACAGCGGCAAUUCUGUACUCGUCUGGUACUACUGGUGUGGGAAAAGGCGUUAUCUUGACUCAUGGGAACUUUAUAGCCAUGGUGGAAACUUUUGUGAGGUUUGAAGCUUCACAAUAUGAAUAUUCGAGUUCUGAGAAUGUGUAUUUGGAUGUUACACCAAUGUUUCAUGUGUAUGGGCUUUCUCUCUUUGUGAUGGGGUUGUUGUCGUUGGGAACUACCAUUGUUGUGAUGAGCAAAUUUGACGCUGAUGAGAUGGUGAAAGCUAUUGAGAGAUACAAUGUCACUCAUUUUCCCCUAGUCCCACCAUUACUAAUGGCAUUGACUAGAAGAGCAAAGGAUGGUGCUUCGAGCAGUAUGAAGAGCUUGAAACAGGUUUCAUGUGGUGCAGCACCAGUAAACCCAAAAUCCAUUGAAGACUUCGUUCACACUCUCCCGGAUGUUGAUUUCAUUCAGGGAUAUGGCAUGACUGAGUCAACUGCUACUGGAACACGUGGUUACAAUACUGAAAAGCUGCAUAAUUAUUCUUCAGUAGGGCUUCUAGCUCCAAACAUGCAAGCUAAAGUAGUGGAUUGGAUCACCGGUUCAACCUUAGCUCCCAACUGCAUGGGUGAGCUCUGGCUUUGUGGACCUGGUGUAAUGAAAGGAUACUUAAAUAACUUAGAGGCUACUAAGUCUACCAUUGAUGACAAUGGUUAUCUCCAUACUGGUGAUAUUGCGUAUUUUGAUGAAGAAGGAUAUCUUUAUGUCAUUGACCGUCUGAAAGAGACUAUCAAAUACAAGGGAUUUCAGAUAGCUCCCGCUGAUUUAGAAUCUGUAUUGGUCUCACAUCCAGAUAUCAUUGAUGCUGCAGUAACAGGAGCCCGAGAUGAGGAAGCUGGAGAAAUUCCAGUAGCAUUUGUCGUUAAGAGAGACGGGUGUGCAGUUUCCCAAACAGAUGUAAUAGACUUUGUUUCUAAGCAGGUUGCACCAUUCAAGAGGAUUAGAAAAGUUUACUUCAGAGCUUCCAUACCCAGGUCUGCAGCUGGGAAGAUACUUAGAAAGGAGUUAAGGAACAUAUUAACUUCCAAAUUAUAGAGCCUCUUCAUCAACUGUUGAGCUGUGAAGCUGCCUAACAAUGUUCGUUAACCGGCGAUACACAGAAGAAAUCAGUUAUAGAUUAAGAUACUUUUUUUUGUGUUUCCUUAUAAUAGAUGCAAAAGCACCAGUUACCUGGUAAUAUGUACAAUUUUUUUAUCAACCUUGUGAUUUUAGCAGCUCUGGUUGCCAUCUAUAGCUGCUAAAACGUAUCGAAUAAUCCCUUCGUUCAGUAUAUUGAUCUCCUGAUAUUUUGCUGAAA